AUGCUCUCUACUGGGCACCUUUCGGAGCCGGGUGAGGACUACAAUGGAAAUUUGUCGGUAGUUGCUUCAAGGCGACUUCUGCGUGAACAAGCUGCCUUAAAUCAAGAAGGGCUAGAAACGCAGGGCAUCUUCCACCACUUCUAUGAAGAGAGACCCCACCAGGCUGUUGCAGCAAUACUUGGCCCUGAUGGGACGCCUUAUGCUCGCAGUCCAUACCUCUUUGAGUUUACCUUUCCGAACACAUAUCCGAUAAAACCACCUCAUGCGAAGCUUCUCACUGGCGACGGGAGAGUCAGAUUCAACCCUAACCUCUAUGUGAAUGGAAAGGUUUGCCUUUCGAUCUUGGGUACUUGGGCAGGGCCGUCCUGGACUUCGCUCACAACAUUUCGGACAGUCUUGCUCUCAAUCCAAUCUUUGCUAUGUGCCAAUCCAUUACAAAAUGAGCCCGGGCAUGAGCACGAGACUGGCAGUGACUGUGAAUUGUAUGCUGCAAUGGUUCGCUAUGAGAGCUUGGCUAUUUCUGCCCUGCAACUGGGAAGAACUCUGCCACCUUCUUGUGAACCUCUGCGAGCAUUGCUUGGUGGUGUCUUCCUGUGCAAUUAUCCAGUGUACUGUGAAAUCCUGGCCGGCUACUCAUGCUGCGAGGGCUCCAGGGACAGGUGUCCCUUAUAUGGCUUUGUGACCAAGUAUGCUCCAAGCCUUGUGAAGGGGCAGUUGGACGAUUUGCAGGCAAGUCUGUUGCAUCAGCCUGAUGCUGUGCAAAUGGCUGAAGAACUACGGCACAAUGCCUUACCGCUUUGUUUGCCAGCGGAGCCAGUGGCUGCUGCAGUCGCUGCGGAUAUUGAAUCGGUGGGCUCCGACAUAUCUCCGCUGCAGCCCGGACAUGGCGCUCCUGCGCGAGCGGUUCAUGUGGCGCACGGCCUGUGGCGAGUUGGCCCUGCAGCUCGGCGCUUCCUGUGUCGCUGCUGCCUGGUGACCCUUGUGGCUUCGGGAAUUGGAUCUGCUGUGGCACUUGCCAUCACGCUGGCAGAGAAUUCCUUGUCGCGCGGAAGGUAG